UUAGUUUGUAGAUUUAGCAAAUAAUAAUUUGUUUGGUUCAAAUUAAUAAUAGAUAGGGAUUUACAGAAGUUUUUAGGACGAAAAAAAUAACUUUGCGGGCAAGCAAGUAAAGGAUUGCGUUUUGGUAGAAUAUUGGUUCUGGUCAAAGGGUAAAUACGUAAAUUCAAAACCAUCGAGAGAUGAAAACCCCCACCCAAGUGGAAGAAGAAGAAGAACCCUUUCUCCUCAAGCGCUCUCUCUCUAUCUUUUCUUCAUCAAAUCAAUCGCAUCCUCUUUCCCUGAUUCUCCGAUUCAUCUCUCCGUCGAAGGUCAAUCCCCCUCUGUGAUCGAUGAACUUAUCAAGGCGCCUGGCUCUCUUAGGGGCUCAAUCCGCGCUUUCAAUCGCAAAACCUCGAGGUUUUGGCUUCUCCUCCUCCUCCUCCUACGGCUUGAUUGAUCGUCGUCCCUUCCAAUACCGCCAAAUCUCGGAGCUCACUAAAGUGAAUGGGAAGCGUGCUUUUCUCGUCGAUACCUUGGCUCUGGUGAGGAGUCUAGAAGCACAAGGUGUACCAUCAAAACAGGCUGAGGCGAUUACUUCUGCCAUCACUGAGGUUUUGAAUGAUAGCUUGGAGAAUGUCUCUGAGUCUUUUGUUUCCAAGGCUGAGAUGCAAAAGAUUGAAAUGCUUCAAGAUUCUAAUCUCUCCAAAUUUAAAUCUGAAGUCAAAAGCUCUCAGGAGCAUCAUUUUACUGUGUUACAACGGGAGACAGAAAAACUAAGAGGGGAUAUAGAGAAGAUGAGAAGCGAGCUAAGGUACGAAAUCGAUAAGGUGACAGCUGGACAACGCUUGGAUUUGAAUCUUGAAAGAGGCCGGAUACGUGAUGAGCUAGCUAAUCAGAAUUCUGAAACAACAAACCUCACAAACAAGCUUGACAGAGAAAUUCAUGCACUCAGAGCUCAGCUAGAAGCGGCCAAAUACGAAGUUAUCAAAUACUGCAUUGGUACACUUGUCUCCAUUUCAGCUGUUGGACUCGCAGUCCUUCGCAUAAUGAUGUAGUUGAAUCUAACCCUCAAGACUUAUAUGCUCGAAACAAAAGUUGGUAGAUUCUCUCAUUAUUUUACUUGAAACCUCAAUGUCAUAUUCUUUUUCUUUUCUGGCGAGGAAAAGAAAAAAAAAACAAUGUUAUUGUAUUCGUGAUCUCUUGGGCUAAUCAUCCUUUUACUAGAAUUUGCCCCGAGUAUUAUAUUCAAUCCAAGAAUCUUUGUUUAUUUUUAUUACUAAGUAACCAUGGUAGCUUAGCUCUGCAAAGAUUCUGUUUUGUGACAC